CGACAAAAACAAAGUAAUUACAUGUUUCAAAUUCAAAAUACGCUGUCGAUUACGGGAAAAUAGAAGAAAAACAAAAUUUGUUACGUUUAAAGUUAACUCAAUGAAGAAUUCUGUACGAUGGCAAGCAAUCUUGCCUGAAUUAAAAAAGAAAUUCCGAAAUGAGUUUGUCUUUCCAGAAAAAAAAUCUACACAAUGGUUUCCCGGACACAUGAAUCGAGGCAUGAAACAGAUGGAGGCAAAAUUGAAAUUAGUGGAUUGUGUGUUGGAAGUCCAUGAUGCUAGAAUACCAAUUUCUGGAAGAAAUCCAAAUCUUACCCAUAGCUUUGUGGCCGCAAAACCAUACAUCUUAGUCUUAAAUAAAUGUGAUUUAAUACCUUCAGAAUAUCAGCCUAAUAUAAUGUCUGCAUUAAAGGAACGAGAAAAUAUCCAGCACAUAAUAUUUACUAACUCAAAGCUAGACACAUGUCCUGGACUAAAAGAGGUUACUAAGAGAGCUGCUCAACUUAUUACUGAAACUGAAAGGUAUAAUAGAAGUGAUGCUGUUGACUAUAACCUGAUGGUUUUUGGAGUACCAAAUGUUGGAAAAUCAUCUUUAAUCAAUGCUCUUCGUGGAGUCCACAUGAGAAAGAAACGUGUACUACAAGUAGCUCCCGAAGCUGGUCUGACUAAGAAUGUUCAUGAACGAAUUCGCGUUUGUAACAGCCCGGCUGUUUACCUUUUCGACACACCUGGCAUUAUGAAUCCAAGGAUAGCGACGAUGGAUGUUGGAAUGCGUCUUGCUUCGUGUGCCUCAUUUAAAGACCAUCUUGUUGGUGAAGAAUCGGUAGUGGACUACUUGUUGUUUUGGUUGAACAAAAAUGAAGAAUUUGGCUACGUGGAUUCGCUAGGAUUGGAAGCCCCUACUGAUAAUGUAACUGAAUUAUUAUUCUAUAUGUGUGUACAAAGGAAUUUGCGGAGAAAAAUACGACACGUUGAUGGAACCUACAAAGAAUAUCCGGACUUCAAAAGUGCAGCGCAAAGAUUUUUAUCUGAAUUCCGAUCGACAAAUUUUGGUAAAAUCCUGCUAGAUAAAGAUUUAUUAGACAGUCCGGUUAACAUUAGCUGAUGGGAUAUACAUUAGAACGGCAAAUAAACUAGAAUAUAAUGCUGGUAA